AUGCCACUGGAAGGACGUAGUGAAGUUCUUGUGGCCGUGUCUGUAGUGGUCAUGGCUAUAUCGCUUCUGACGGUAUCCUUUCGAUGCUUCGUGCGAUGGCGGAUGCUCAAAGCAUUUGGAUGGGACGAUACAUUGAUGGUUCUUGCAAUGGUUCUUGAUAUAGUGAUUACCGCGUGCGCAAUCGCUGGUGCGAAGGAUGGCGUUGGCCGGCAUUUGAGUGAUUUCCACAGCUUCGAUGAAUUUCACCAUGCCAUGCUGUGGUGGUGGCUGGGCCAGUGCAUCUAUAUCUGGGCGUCCGGCAUCGCUAAAGUAUCCAUUGCGCUGGCGCUCCUCCGACUGUCGGUUCACACGUAUCAGCGCAUAACCUUGUGGGUCGUUAUGGGAGCAUCGAUUUGUGUCAGCUUGGUGUUCUGGUUCUUCAUGCUUUUUCAGUGCCAUCCUGUCUCAAAAUUCUGGGAGCGGACAGGACCGGGCAAUUGCAUGAGCACCGAUACGCUGAUUAGGGUGGCGUACGUAUACAGUGGAAUCUGCGCCGUCUGUGACUUUGCGCUGGGACUUUUGCCCAUUGAUCUCGUUCGCCAGCUGCAAACCACUCUCAAGACAAAGAUCGCGCUGGGCGCGACCCUGAGUCUAGGUUGUGUGGCGAGUACAGCUGUUAUUCUUCGGAUACCUUGCCUGCAUUUCUACAAGGAUAUCGAUUUCUUGUUCCAUGUUUUGUUUGUUGUUGCUCCUUUCAAGUCAAACAUGGCCAAGACGGCUAACUCUUCUCAAUCUACAUGUGUGACAGAUUCGACCUUUUCCAUCGACAUCUGGUCCUUUAUCGAGGUUGGCUUGGGAAUUACAGCAGGUAGUCUGGUCACUCUCCGACCUCUCUUUCGUGCAGUUCUCGGGGACCCACCUGACCGCAAGGGCAAGAAAAGCCGUGGAAGCAUGCCACUGACCAGCUUCACGGAGUAUACGCGGACCCGGCCUGACCCUGAAGAUGCCGCAGUGUGGCAAUCGCCCCAGCCUGAUGCGACGCGGAACAUAACCACCACGGUGGUUUCAGCUUUCCGGGCGAGUUUAAAUAGUCCCCUCACGCCAACGUUUGCGGCCGAGUUCAAGAAGGGUCGGUCUGUUCGGAUCAAGAGGUCAUUCCAUGUCACAGAAGAACAUGUGGGCUACUGA